GUACCUCACCACACGUUAUUUAAAAAAAAGUUUUAAUCUGGGAUUCAGCCACAAAGAGCUUUUUAAAAACAACAAGGCUUUAAGACGUUGUCAUCAGCAAAGGAUCUAUCUUUUGAAAGAUCAGACCAAUUCCUCUCCCAUUCCUUCUGGCAUCACCUUUGUGAAAAUGGGAUGAUGGUGUUCUGUUACUGUUAACUAACCUGGAACAAGCCCAGGAUAGUACUCCUCCUGAUGUCAGAAGAUUCAGACUUCAAGUUCUACUGCUACCCAGUGCUGGAGGACCAGGAUAGAGCCUCAGGAUGCAGACCGUCCACCUCAUGCAGCUCCAUGGCACAGCUGCACCGGAUGAGUGGCUACAGCCAAGGUAGGCCUGACCUAGGCCUGCACUCAGAGGGCAGCGACAGCAGCAGUCAGGACCCUGCCACUUCGCCGCACAUCCAUCGCAAGAACUCCCGCUCCCACUCGCUCCCUGAGGAGGACGUGGAGAUGAAGAGCAGUGGGUCCAGCGGGAGCGGGAGUGAAUCCAACGGCAAUGAAAGCCACUGCAAUGAGAGCCAUGGCAACGAGAGCAACGGCCAUGAGUCAGUUGGCAGCUCCAAUGGCAACAGCAAAGACUCCGCACUGCUUGAAUCUUCUGAAAGCAACAAGAGCUCCAACUCCCACAGUCCAUCUCCUCCCAGCAGCUCAAACGCCUUCAGUCUUCUGAGCUCGGAGCAGGACAAUCCUUCAACCAGUGGCUGCAGUAGUCAAGAAUCCGCCAAAGCCAAAACCCAGAAGGAGGUGAUUAAAACCCUGAAAGAGCUGAAACUCCAUCUACCUCCCGAGAAGAAACACAAUAACAAAUCCUCUACAUUGAACACCCUCAAGUAUGCCCUGCGCUGUGUCAAACAGGUGGCAGCCAAUGAGGAGUAUUACCAGCUGCUGAUGAUCAAUGACAGUCAACCUUCGGGCCUGGAUGUGUCAUCUUACACCAUAGAGGAGAUAGACAGCAUUACUUCUGAAUACACUCUCAAAAACAAUGACAUUUUCGCAGUCGCAGUGUCUCUCAUCACGGGGAGGAUAGUCUACAUUUCUGAUCAGGCUGCCUCCAUCCUCAACUGCAAAAGGGAGGUGUUCAAGAACAGCAAGUUUGUGGAGUUCCUGACGCCGCAGGAUGUUAGCGUGUUCUACAGUUUCACAACGCCCUAUCGCCUGCCCUCCUGGAGCAUGUGCACAGGAGCAGAGUCAUCCCCGCCUGACUGCAUGCAGGAGAAGUCCUUCUUCUGUCGUAUCAGUGGUGGAAAGGAGUGUGAGGGCGACCUGCAGUACUAUCCUUUCCGCAUGACACCCUACCGGAUGAAGGUCCAAGACACAGUGCAUGCUGAGGACCAGUUCUGCUGCCUCCUCCUGGCUGAGAAGGUUCACUCUGGUUAUGAAGCACCCAGAAUUCCAACAGACAAACGCGUCUUCACCACCACACACACUCCAAGUUGUGUGUUUCAGGACGUAGAUGAGCGGGCGGUCCCUCUCCUUGGGUACCUCCCCCAGGACCUGAUUGGCACCCCGAUCCUCCUUCACAUGCAUCCAAAUGAUCGACCGAUCAUGCUGGCCAUCCACAGUAAGAUUCUCCAAUACGCAGGGCAACCGUUUGACCACUCAUCCAUCCGGUUCUGUGCACGAAACGGAGAAUACAUCAUUCUCGACACCAGCUGGUCCAGUUUCGUCAAUCCCUGGAGCCGCAAGGUGUCCUUCAUUAUCGGGAGACACAAAGUGCGAAUGGGACCUGUGAAUGAAGACGUUUUCGUGGCCCCGACUUCUGCUGUGGCCGAGACGAAGACCAUGGACUCUGGUAUCCAGGAGAUAACUGAGCAGAUCCAUCGGCUCCUGCUGCAGCCGGUUCAUAACAGAGGGUCCAGUGGCCAUGGUAGUCUGAACAGCAAUGACCACCUUCUGGCCUUGACAUCUUCUAGUGAGAGCCUAAACAAUAGCAGCGGGAGCAAGGUGCAACGAGAGAAGGAGGAGGAAGUGAGCAGAAUAGCUAGACCGCGAACUUUUCAGGAAAUCUGCAAGGGAAUACAACUUCAGAAGAGCCAGGAGCAGCAAACAAGCAAACCAGACAAGAAAGGCAGUGGAAUAGAGUCUCUACAGAAGAGCACAGCGGUGGUGCGACCCAAAGACUCGGCCACUCAUCUCAACCUGAAGGAGACCACAGAGGAGAAUAGGGCUUCUUUUCAGGAGGAGAUGACAUUAAAUGAUCAAACUGUGUGCUCCUACCAGCAGAUCAGUUGUCUGGACAGUGUUAUCAGGUACUUGGAGAACUGUAACGUUCCCAUCACCAUGAAGAGGAAGUGCCAAUCUUCCUGUAACACUACAUCCUCCAACUCGGAUGAGAAUGUAUCUGACAGCAUGCAGGUGCCUGGAGAACCAGCUUUGUUGAAGGAUCAGUCUGCUCUCUCCGCUUUGGAUGCACAAGACAAAAAGUCCAGUGACGCGGCCACAGCAGUAGUGGGCAAUUCACUGCCCCUACCUGUUCCUAACAAACCAGAAAGUGUGGUGUCCAUAACCAGCCAGUGUAGCUACAGUAGCACCAUAGUGCAUGUUGGGGACAAGAAACCUCAACCAGACUCAGCAGAAUCCAGCAAGAACUCUGGCGUUCCUUCUGCUGUUUCACCUCCCAGUCAGGAGAGGGAGUCCUACAAGAAACUGGGGUUGACCAAGCAGGUUUUGGCAGCCCAUACCCAGAAGGAGGAGCAGGCUUUUCUGUACCGCUUCAAGGAGCUUCGUGGACUCACAGCCCUCAAAGCAAACUGCUCUCAGUACCUGGAGCGCCAGAGAGAACAGAUCGUCAGCGAUGCUGUACCCGCUGCUCAGUCCUGCAAGCCAAGAGGGCCGAGUGCAGGGCCCACCACACGCCAGAGUGUACGGAAUAAGAAGACCAAGUCAAAGCGAGCAAAGCAGAUCGAGUCUUCAGACAGCGCAGCGUCACAUCACAGACAACAGCAGCUGCGGCCUCCUCUUAGAAACCAUGGCCUUAACCCGACCUCUUGGUCUGCCUCUGACACCUCACAGUCCACUUUUCCCAUGGCUUACCCUGCCAUGAUGCCAGGCUACCCCCUCCAGGUUUACCCCAGAACCAAUUCAAUAGAUCCCCUCACAGACAUGACUCUACAAGGCUUUGUGAACAACCAGGGCACCCAGGCCCCUCCCUGCCCACCACCCAUCCAUCCUGCUCCCUACACCGCCCCCAUGGUCACCCCCAUGGUCAACCCCAUUGUGGCUCUAGUGCUGCCCAACUACGUGUUCCCUCCAAUGGCCCCCGGCCCUCCACAACCACAGCCGGUGUACCAAGCAGAGACUGGUGGCUUCCCCACCCAAAUGCAGCCUUUUUGUCAGGCUGCCUUUCCAGGCCAGGGUGCCUUCACAUCUCCUGCUUUCAGUGUACAGAACCCAUUUAACUCCCAGAACCCCUUCGCUCCCCAAGCAGGUUACCUGACCCAGUCACUCUACAUCCCUCCAUCCUCGGAAACCCCAAAGGCCCCCAUGGAAGGCCAGUCUCGUUCCUCUACACCACAGUCUGGAGGAGGCGAUGGCCACGCGUCCCCUCCAAUGUUCCAGUCCCGCUGCAGCUCGCCUCUGAACCUGCUGGAACUGGAGCUUUCUGUGGACAGGCAGGACAGCACUGUGCUCUCCUCUGGAGGACCAGGGAACAGUACAGCUGAAAGAGAGAAAGGAGGAAGUGGCAGCCAGGCCAAAGAGAGGGAGCUGAAGCAGCCAUCUCUCAGUCUCCUUUGUCCACCUGGACCCUUGUAUUACGAGGGCUCGCCCUGUGUCUGUCAGCGUUUGUCUUGGGAUAAAGUGUUCUCUAGGCUGAGGGCUUGCAGCAAAGAGGCAAGCUCUUGUGGUGACGGGAACAACAGCGACACAAACUCCUUGUCCAGCGACAUGUUGGACAUUAUCCUGCAUGAGGACUCCUGUUCCGGCACUGGCUCAGCCACCUCGGAGUCCAUGGGAUCUGGGUCCAACGGCUGUGGAACCUCGGCCAGCGGGACGUCCAACAGCGGGACAUCGAAGAGCAGGACAUCAGCCAGUGGGACCUCAGGUAGUGGAACAGGAAGCAACAACAGUAGUAAAUACUUUGGCAGCGUGGACUCAUCCCAGAACAGCCAGAAGGUCAAAGGUCACUUGAGCAGCAGUGACAGGAACCCCAUGAAGAUGGAGCAGAACGACCAUUUCAUCAAUGACAUCCAGAGAGUGCUCAGAGAGGACAGAGAGAAGCUGCGGCUGCUGCAGAAGAGCCAGCCACGCUUCUCAGAGGAGCAGAAGAAGGAACUGAAUGAAGUCCAUCCCUGGAUGAAGAAAGGAGGUCUACCCAAGGCGAUAGACGUCAAGGUGUGUUCCUGCUGUGACGGCACAUCAGAGGCAGCAGCGGUAGCAGCAGAGGACCAGCAUGACCUGGACAUCGGUGACACAGACACAGACGAGAUGAGCUGCGAGACGAGGCCCCGAGAGGAGCCCUCAAACAGUGUUGUCAUCUCCUGCCGCGGCCCUUCACCAAGCUCCAGCUCUUAGACUCAACCAGAGAGACAAUAAAGUGCUUCAGUGUGAGAUUCACCACUCAGCAGCUGCUUGUUCUGCUCGACCACGACGAUGAAGAGAGGCCUACUUCACGCAAAGCGUCAGACAGGCCCUUCUUUUAAAAAUAUCUGUUUGUGUCUUGCUGUUUUAAGAGUUUUAUCUGUUUAGAAAAACGGUGGCUCAAACAGACUAUUGUAGAAUGUGAAUAUAUAUGUUGGUGGACAUCAAAAUACACUUUAUUUUAAUAUAUUUCUUUAAAGCUACACCGAAAGGCAGUUUUGUUUUUUUUGCUGACUUUCUGUGUCCAUUCAUUAGUUUCUUUGUAGCAUAUAUAAAUGUGCAGCAUUUAGGGGAAGUGUGGUAUGCACUGAUUAGGAGAUGCAGAACCCCAGUAAGACAGGUACAAUGUGCUCGUACGAGAGGCAGUUGGGUCGAGGUCAAACAAGCAUGAACCAGACGGAGCAGUAAUGCGCCAGGAAGUGGCUCAGUGGUGUUCUAACUGUUGCGGUUACUGAUUAAAUUCAGUGUUUUGUGACGCGAUUUCCUCAGUUACAACAACACUGUGCUACGUCAGCUUGUGGGUUUCACAGUUUCACAAGCUCCAGUCGUGCAUACCCAUCAUGCAUUACAUGAACGCACAAGUGCCCUUUUUGGACUGUACUGGAAGACGAGGGAAAACAAGAACAAGGUUGCUGCACUGUUCAUCUAUUUGGCUAAAACGUUUCACUACCUCCAUCCACACCAGCUGUGGAAGAAGUAUUCGCAUCUUUUACUUGAGUAAAAAUAUUUAGUUACAAGUAAAGAUCCUGCAUUCAAGAUGUGUCUUAAUUAAAGUACUUAUUAUACAUAAGGGCACCUUUCAGAGUGUUUAAUAUAUAUUAUUUAUUGGAUUAUUAUCAAAGAAUCCGCUAUUUUUUUUAAUAUUUAAUACUUUGAGCUGUUUAACCUGUAACAUUGAGUCAUAUUUUAUAAACUAUUAUGUUUACAAUUAUGUUGUUAGACAUGACUGCUAACUGCAGCUGUCAGAUAAAUAUAGUAGAAUAGAAAUAUUUAUUAAGUAGCAUAAAAUGUGACAUACAAGUACUCAAGUAUGUAGAUGUCCCUUCCACCUCUGAUGCUAUGGAGACAGUGAAAACAUGUGAGUCUGCAGACAAUCAGGUGCUACACAUACUGUAAGCUACAUGUACUCACCUGCCCAUCAUCCUAUGAUUUCUGCAAAAAUGGUACAAUUUAAAUUUCAACCCUCCUCCUCCUCUGGCCAUUUCUCUCAUCAUCUUCAUCACUUUCUUGCAUUUUUUUCCUCCAGUAUCAGCUGUGAAGCUUUUGUUCAUCGGAUGCCUUUCACUUGAAGAAACACUUAAUUUAACUCAUUUCAGCACUUGUGUGAAUAUUUGUAACAGUCAUUGACUCUGAGUAUAUAUAUAUAUAUAUUUUUUUACAUACAAUGACUGUUUCUGUAGAAAGUAAAUUACGUGUUUUUAAAAUCCAGCUCAAAAAAGGCUGGCAGGACCAAGGUCAUUAUUAUUUACUGUAAAUAAAAUGUGACAGCAGUUCCUCUAAAAUGAUAUGUUGCUGUGGAAAAAGUUGAUGUUUCCCCAGUUUAAAUGUGUGUCACAUGACACUUGAAGAUGUCUGAUGUUGCCCCUCAUAAAUAUGGAGGAGGGCAUCCUGUGGGAGCGGCUGAAGCUCAUUACCGUUCACAACAAACGUGGUCGCUUCAGAAGUUACAGUUUAGGGUUAUUGCACGGGUAUAAAGCAGCUCAGACAGAUGCCAAGUGACUGUGUGGAGACCAUCUCUUCACUUUGAAGCUGUAACUUCAGCUCGAUUUGAACAUUUCCUGAAUUUUGUCAUUCGUCUUUCUGUUAUCUGAACAGACACUGACAACCAUGCACCUUUUUUAUUAUUAUUUAUUUUCUUAUUUUUGAUGGGGAUCAGUUUGUUUAAUAAAAAAUG